GAAGAUUUGAGAGUGAUCUCCCUUGCAUAAAUAGUUCAGGAAAUUCGUCUGUUUGUUGAAAUGGAGUUAAUAUUUCAUGAAAAGCAAGAAGGCUCCUUGUGUGCACAGCAUUGUUUAAAUGCAUUGCUCCAAAAUCAGUACUUCUCUGCGGUAGAUUUAGCUCAAAUAGCUGAAAGACUGGAUGUUAGAGAAAGAGAAUUUAUGGCAGAAGGUGGUGUACACACGCAAGAAUAUCAGCAGUUUUUACAGCAACCAUCCAGUAAUUUUGAUGAUAGUGGUUUCUUCUCUGUACAAGUUAUAUCCGAUGCCCUAACUGUCUGGGGUUUAGAGAUGAUACCAUACAACAGUCAAACAGAACAUGCUAAUCAAGCAAGAAUAAAUCCCAAUAAUGAACGAGCAUUUAUUUGUAAUUUUCAACAACAUUGGUUUGCUGUUAGAAAGUUGGGUCAUCAAUGGUUUAAUUUAAAUUCUUUGUUAACUGGUCCAGAACUUAUAUCCGAUACGUAUCUUUCUUUAUUUUUAACACAGUUACAACAGGAAGGUUACUCCAUAUUUAUUAUAAAAGGAAGAAUACCUGAAUGUGAAGCUGAUCAAUUAUUAAAAAUAGUACCAGCAGUUCAGACUAUUAGACCUAGUCUACUAGAAGACCCUAACGCCCAGACUAGUAAAGGAAGUAGCACUGGUGAACUACAGACUGCAUUAGAAGAAAGUCGUCAUGCAUCUGAUAUUGACGAUGUCACUUUACAAAAGGCCUUAAAAAUGAGCAUGCAAGGUUACCAUGAUGAUGAAGCUAUUUUACAGUCCGCUAUAGCACAGAGCAUGGAAUGUGAAAAUCCCCCAGCAGCAGAAAUAUCAACACCAUCAGCAGAGGAAGUUCGUCAAAAACGUCUGGAAUUUUUUAACAAACAACAAUCCAAUACACCGAGUACUCCCAGUACGAGUACAUCGAGUACAGUCGAUAUAUCCUCACCUCAAGAUGAUGACACCGAAGAAGAAAUGUUGAAACAAGCUUUAGAGAUGUCAAUGCAACAAGGAAAUACAUAGUAUCGAGUAGUUAACUAGUUACAUCAUUUGGGGUUAAAGAGUCCAGAAUUAGGUCACCAGAAGUGGUUGUCCACUUCAGGAAAUAAGGUCAAUGAGCUUUCAUUCUCUUUAAUGUAUUUCAACUAGAAAUAUUUCUUGUUAUUUAGCGUAUAAUAAAGACCGUAAACAAAAGUUAUUUUAGCAACUAAUAAGAUCCGCUAAGUUUGUAGGUGACUGAAAUAUAGUAUGAGCACACUCUAUCCAAAUACUAUAUCGGGUUUGCCAAAUAAUUUAAGAGAAUUAUAAUUUUUAAAUGUAGAAGUUUAUGAUAAGAUUCAGGCAAGUUUAGUAUUGUGGAGUUUUGUAAAGACUGGAUGCAAGAUUAUAAUUUUGAAAUGUAGAUGUUUGUAAGAUUCAGGAAGCUGAGCAAGUUUUGUCAAGACUGGAUGCAGUUAGCUUUGAUAUUUAAGCCAAGUGGCUGUAGUUUUAUUUAAAUGUACAUAAAUGAGUACCUAGUUAGCAGUUAGCUACAUUGUAUAAAUUUUAAAUAUUCAACUAGCUAAGGUUCGUUCAUCUAGUUACAUUGUAUAAAGCCUAGGACAGACAAGCAUAUUUUUCGCCCAAUCGCGCCGAUGUUUAAAAUUGCUCAAUGUGGCAGCUUAUUUCUUGCCACAAGAUGAGUUACUUCCCUUUGCCGAUUUCUUUUGUAUUUAACAAUUUUUUGAUUGGUUGAUAAAAAUAGCACAGUCAUCAAGGACAGAUAAUUUGAAUAUGUCUCCCUCAUGGAGGAACUCCAGGGUAUAGUGGAGUGGGGACGGAAUGAGACCACUGGGGAUCUCAAGGAUGAGUUCCUCAGCGAAAGGGUUGAACCUUGCAGCUGCGUAUCUACAUCUACAAACUUUUUUUUAUGGCUCAGUAAAUAGGCAUGAUAAUCGGAUUAAAAUACAGAUCUAUAUUUCGUUUGUUUUUUUAUACUUCCGAUGGCCUAAACUACAUAAAGAUCUGACAAGUUGUGCUGGGAGGUCAUGUCAGGGGUGAUACGAGUGGCUUUUGACCCUAUGACAUCAGACAUUGAUUAAUCAAUCAACGUUGACAUCAGACAUUGAUUAAUCAAUCAACGUUGACAUCAGACAUUGAUUAAUCAAUCAACGUUGACGUUUCUAGGGGUUUAUCCACAGUUCCGUUAGCUAAUUCCUCACAUCAACAACAAAAUUUUGAACUAUAAAAAAUAGAAUUUGUGUUUUAAUCAGAUUGUAAGAAUGAUAAAAUUGGUGUCGAUGCUUAUGGUUCCAUGGUCUGCGAACACGAUGAGCCAAUUAAAGUUGCUAUCAUAUGACUCACACAUGCUGAAUAUGUAAAUUAGGUGCCGCCAUUACGACAAUUUCUUACAUAGUACACAAGAUAAUGGCACCCAAAUAGGUUAUAAGAUUUAAGUAAGUGAAGGACCAAUUUAGGGGUGAAUAUUGCAGUUAUGUACCUUCAAAUAUUUUCAUGUACAAUAUCCAUCCUUAAUUUAAGGUGAUGUAUUUCAUUUUUUUUUAGUCAAACGGUCCAAACGCUUACGUGGUAACUUUUGUCCAUCAUCAACCAUAAAAUCAUAAAAUAGUGAAUCAACUUAGCCUAUUUCAUUUAUUGUACAUAAUUAUCAUCUACCUAUACAAUGUGUUCCUUAUCUUUUCUCUCUUUUUUUUUUAGAAUAUUUUUUGUCUUUUUUAAAAUAUUUUGUACCGAAAAAAAAAAGAUGUUUAUUCACUAUGCAAUAAAAAGCUUGCUAUUUAAAACACA